GAGUUCCUCUCCCCAACCUCAGGGAAGAGUGCCUCUCCCCAACCUCAGGGAAGACUCCCUCUCCCCAACCUCAGGGAAGUGUACCUCUCCCCACCCUUAGGGAAGUGUUCCUCUCCCCAACCUCAGGGAAGUGUUCCUCUCCCCAACCUCAGGGAAGUGUUCCUCUCCCCAACCUCAGGGAAGUGUUCCUCUCCCCAACCUCAGGGAAUGUUUCGCUCUCCCCCCACCUCAGGGAGGUGUUCCUCUCCCCAACCUCAGGAAUGUUGUCCUCUCCCCAACUCAAGGGAAGUGUUUCCUUCUCCCCCAACUCCAGGGAAGUGUUUCCUCUCCCCAACCUCAGUGAGGUGUUCCCCUCUCCCCAACCUCAUGGCAUUGUUUCCUCUCCCCAACCUCCGGGAAGUGUUCCUCUCCCCAACGCAGGGAGGUUUCUCUCCCCCCAACCUCAGGAGUGUUCCUCUCCCCAACCUCAGGGAAGAGUCCCUCUCCCCAACCUCAGGGAAGAGUCCCUCUCCCCAACCUCAGGGAAGUGUUCCUCUCCCCAACCUCAGGGAAGUGUUCCUCUCCCCAACCUCAGGGAAGUGUUCCUCUCCCCAACCUCAGGGAGGUGUUCCUCUCCCCAACCUCAGGGAGGUGUUCCUCUCCCCAACCUCAGGGAAGAGUCCCUCUCCCCAACCUCAGGGAAGUGUUCCUCUCCCCAACCUCAGGGAAGAGUUCCUCUCCCCAACCUCAGGGAAGUGUUCCUCUCCUCAACCUCAAGGAAGUGUUGGGUAGUAGAGAUGUUUUUUUUAACCCAAAUGCAACUGUCUUAGUAGCAGCUUCGGAUCCAUAGUGACUGAAUCCAUGCUCCCUUUUCAAUAGUGAAACAGAGCAUGGAUUCAGAGUGUAUUCCAAGCUACUAUUGCAAUACACUCUCAGGAAAAAGGUGCAACCUAGAAGUAGAACCAUGAAGGGUCCUACGGAACCCUUUGAGAACCCCUUUUUUUCUCGCAGUAUACCUCCAGUAGAUAUUAACAGUUGUCUCUCUCUCCCUGCCAGCUCCCUCAGUAGAUGUUAGCGGUUGUCUCUCUCUCUCUCCCUGCCAGCUCCCUCAGUAGAUGUUAGCGGUUGUCUCUCUCUACCUGCCAGCUCCCUCAGUAGAUGUUAGCGGUUGUCUCUCUCUCUCUCCCUGCCAGCUCCCUCAGACUCCCCGUGGAUCAGCACGUCAGGAUCCUGCAAGAACAGAUGCUUUGAAUUGGACGAGGCUGAACCUCCCAACUGCCGCUGUGACAACUUAUGUAAAACUUAUAACAGCUGCUGCCAAGAUUUUGAUGAGCACUGCUUGAGAACAGGUAAGCCUGAAGCCUGCCUGCCUGUCUGUCUGGGUUGGUGGUCCCCUGCUCCCUUUCAUGUUCCCUCAACAAAUUCAACCCCUCUCUCAGUCCAAGUUGAACAUGUUCCAGAAUGUUCAGUAUGUUGUAUUGCAUCUAAUGUAGGGUUCAAAAUGAACACACACUUUACUACAUACUUAAUCACCAUCACCAUCUCUGUCAGUUUCUACCUCAUGUAUAUGACCUUAUGGUAACUUGACUCAUUGCUGAAUGGGACACCCUGAUGCAGUUUUAAUGGGUCGUUAUUAGCUAUGUAACAUCCUCUCUCAUUAAUUGAUUGAUUGAUUGAUUGAUUGUGUCCAGAGGGCGGUUUUGACUGCAGUAAGGAGCGCUGUGGUGAGAGCAGGAAUGACCAGCAUGCCUGUCACUGUUCUGAGGACUGUCUGGCCAAAGGAGACUGCUGCACCAACUACAAAGCACUCUGUAAAGGUUAGACCGUGAUACUAGAUGUCUCUCAAGCUGAUUCUGUGUGUGCUUUAGCCAACCCCUUCUGACUGUUGUUGUCAUAACACACAGUGGGGGAAAAAAAAGUAUUUAGUCAGCCACCAAUUGUGCAAGUUCUCCCACUUAAAAAGUUGAGAAAGGCCUGUAAUUUUCAUCAUAGGUACACGUCAACUAUGACAGACAAAAUGAGAAAAAAAAAUCCAGACAAUCACAUUGUAGGAUUUUUAAUGAAUUUAUUUGCAAAUUAUGGUGGAAAAUAAGUAUUUGGUCAAUAACAAAAGUUUCUCAAUACUUUGUUAUAUACCCUUUGUUGGCAAUGACACAGGUCAAAUGUUUUCUGUAAGUCUUCACAAGGUUUUCACACACUGUUGCUGGUAUGUUGGCCCAUUCCUCCAUGCAGAUCUCCUCUAGAGCAGUGAUGUUUUGGGGCUGUCGCUGGGCAACACAGACUUUCAACUCCCUCCAAAGAUUUUCUAUGGUGUUGAGACCUGGAGACUGGCUAGGCCACUCCAGGACAUUGAAAUGCUUCUUACGCGAAGCCACUCAUUCGUUGCCCGGGCGGUGUGUUUGGGAUCAUUGUCAUGCUGAAAGACCCAGCCACGUUUCAUCUUCAAUGCCCUUGCUGAUGGAAGGAGGUUUUCACUCAAAAUCUCACGAUACAUGGCCCCAUUCAUUCUUUCCUUUACACGGAUCAGUCGUCCUGAUUCCUUUGCAGAAAAACAGCCCCAAAGCAUGAUGUUUCCACCCCCAUGCUUCACAGUAGGUAUGGUGUUCUUUGGAUCCAACUCAGCAUUCUUUGUCCUCCAAACCCGACGAGUUGAGUUUUUACCAAAAAGUUAUAUUUUGGUUUCAUCUGACCAUAUGACAUUCUCCCAAUCCUCUUCUGGAUCAUCCAAAUGCACUCUAGCAAACUUCAGACGGGCCUGGACAUGUACUGGCUUAAGCAGGGGGACACGUCUGGCACUGCAGGAUUUGAGUCCCUGGCGGCGUAGUGUGUUACUGAUGGUAGUCUUUGUUACUUUGGUCCCAGCUCUCUGCAGGUCAUUCACUAGGUCCCCCCGUGUGGUUCUGGGAUUUUUGCUCACCGUUCUUGUGAUCAUUUUGACCCCACGGGGUGAGAUCUUGCGUGGAGCCCCAGAUCGAGGGAGAUUAUCAGUGGUCUUGUAUGUCUUCCAUUUCCUAAUAAUUGCUCCCACAGUUGAUUUCUUCAAACCAAGUUGCUUACCUAUUGCAGAUUCAGUCUUCCCAGCCUGGUGCAGGUCUACACUUUUGUUUCUGGUGUCCUUUGACAGCUCUUUGGUCUUGGCCAUAGUGGAGUUUGUAGUGUGACUGUUUGAGGUUGUGGACAGGUGUCUUUUUAUACUGAUAACAAGUUCAAACAGGUGCCAUUAAUACAGGUAACGAGUGGAGGACAGAGGAGCCUCUUAAAGAAGAAGUUACAGGUCUGUGAGAGCCAGAAAUCUUGCUUGUUUGUAGGUGACCAAAUACUUAUUUUCCACCAUAAUUUGCAAAUAAAUUCAUUAAAAAUCCUACAAUGUGAUUUUCUGGAUUUUCUUUCUCUCAAUUUGUCUGUCAUAGUUGACGUGUACCUAUGAUGAAAAUUACAGGCCUCUCUCAUAUUUUUAAGUGGGAGAACUUGCACAAUUGGUGGCUGACUAAAUACUUUUUUUCCCCACUGUACAUAUCUGGCUGUAUACUACACAGUGGUAGUGGAAGGUUUAUUGAACCCUCACAUUAACUCUAAAUUGGACCACUUUCUUUGGAAGGGGACACUACUUGGUUGCAGGAUGAGUGUGAAGACAUUAGAACCCAUGAAUGUCCUGCUGGGUAAGAUACCUUUUUUACCUUUCACAACUAUUUCACCGCGAUUCACAAAACGUGAGAACCUUGGAGAUAGUCUAAUGGACUUUUCUCCCCAGGUUUGUCCGUCCCCCUCUCAUCAUGGUGUCAGUGGAUGGUUUCAGAGCCUCCUACAUGAAGAGGGGAAGCACAGUGAUCCCCAACAUCGAGAAACUCAGUAAGACAUUCUGAAUCAUCCAUAACAGGGCUUGAAUACACAUUUGACUGGGUCUACUUACUGCAUUCAAAUUUGUGUCAAAAUUGUUUCCAUUGCAUCGUAUCUGUUUUGUGCCUUUUUACCUCUAGGAGCAUGUGGUACCCAUGCUCCUUACAUGAGACCGAUGUACCCCACUAAAACGUUCCCCAAUCUGUACACUCUUGCAACGGUAUGUACUGGUCAAUCAUCCUUUUUCUUGGCCCGUCUUCCUCGCUGAACUCAACUGAACAUUUUAGCUUCAAUUUUGCCGUUAUGUAAUGUAACAUCCACCCCAGAAGGGUUAACGCCUCAGCUCUGACCUUCUGUAGGGCCUGUACCCUGAGUCCCAUGGCAUAGUUGGCAACUCCAUGCAUGACCCCGUGUUUGAUGCCAACUUUAACCUGCGGGGUCGAGAGAAGCUGAAUCAUCGUUGGUGGGGAGGUCAGCCGGUGAGUCCUACUCUCUCUGUUCUGUUCUGUGGUUGAGACAUACAGUGCCUUCAGAAAGUAUUCACACCCCUUGACUUGUUACACAUUUUGUUGUGUUACAGCCUGAAUUUAAAAUGGAUUCAAUUGAGAUUUUGUGUCACUGACCUACACACAAUACCCCAUAAUGUCAAAGUGGAAUUAUGUUUUUAGAAAUGUUUACAAAUUAAUAAAAAAUGAAAAGCUGUCAAUAAGUAAUCAAAUAUUCAACUAAACUAAAUAAGUUCAGGAGUAAAAAUGUGCUUAACAAGUCACAUAAUAAGUUGCAUGGACUUACUCUUUGUGCAAUAAUAAUGUUUAACAUGAUUUUUGAAUGACUCCCUCAUCUCUGUAACCCACACAUACAAUUAUCUGUAAGGUCCCUCAGUCGAGCAGUGACUUUUAAACACAGAUUCAACCACAAAGACCAGGGAGGUUUUCCAAUGCCUCACAAAGAAGGGCACCUAUUGGUAGAUGGGUAAAAAAAAAAAAAUAAGCAAACAGACAUUAAAUAUCCCUUUGAGCAUGGUGAAGUUAUUAAUUACACUUUGGAUGGUGUAUCAACACACCCAGUCACCACAAAGAUACAGGCGUCCUUCCCAACUCAGUUGCCGGAGCGGAAGGAAACCGCUCAGGGAUUUCACCAUGAGGCCAAUGGUGACUUUAAAACAGUUAGAGAGUUUAAUGGCUGUGAUAGGAGAAAACUGAGGACGGCUCAACAACAUUGUAGUUACUCCACAAAACUAACCUAAAUAACAGAGUGAAAAGAAGGAAGCCUGUACAUAAUAAAAAAUAUUCCAAAACAUGUAUCCUGUUUGCAAUGAGGCACUAAAGUAAAACUGCAAAACAUGUGGUAAAGAAAUGAACUUCAUAUCCUGAAUACAAAGCUUUAUGUUUGGGGCAAAUUCAGUACAAAACAUUACUGAGUACCAAUCUCCAUAUGUUCAAGCAUGGUGGUGGCUGCAUCAUGUUAUGGGUGUGCUUGUCAUCGGCAAGGACUAGGGAGUUAUUUAGGAUCAAAUAAACAGAAUACAGCUAAGCACAGGCAAAAAUCCUAGAGGAAAACAUGGUUCAGUCUGCUUUCUAACAGACACUGGGUGUCAAAUUCACCUUUCAGCAGGACAAUAACCUAAAACACAAGGCAAAAUAUACACUGGAGUUGCUCACCAAGAUGACAUUGAAUGUUCCUGAGUGGCCUAGUUACCGUUUCGACUUAAAUCGGCUUGAAAAUCUAUGGCAAGACUUGACAAGAAAAUGGCUGUCUAGCAAUGAUCAACAACCAACUUGACAGAGCUUGAAGUAUAAAAAAAAAAAAAAAAAAGUGCAAAUAUUGUACAAUCCAGGUGUGCAAAGCUCUUAGAGACUUACCCAGAAAGAAACACAGCUGUAAUCGCUGCCUAACAUGUAUUGACUCAGGGGUAUGAAUACUUUCUGUAUUUCAUUUUCAAUACAUUUGAUAAAAUGUCUAAAAACAUGUUUUCACUUUGUCAUUAUGGGAUAUUGUGUGUAGAUUGAUUACCAAAAAAAAAAAAAGAAUUCAGGCUAUAACACAACAAAAUGUGGAAUAAGUCAAGGGGUAUGAAUACCUUCUAAAGGCAAUGUAAGUCACUCUAGAUGCCCUCCCAUUCUAGAAGCCCUCCCUCCCAUACUAGAAGCCCUCCCUCCCAUUCUAGAAGCCCUCCCUCCCAUUCUAGAAGCCCUCCCUCCCAUUCUAGAAGCCCUCCCUCCCAUUCUAGAAGCCCUCCCUCCCAUACUAGAAGCCCUCCCUCCCAUUCUAGAAGCCCUCCCUCCCAUUCUAGAAGCCCUCCCUCCCAUUCUAGAAGCCCUCCCUCCCAUUCUAGAAGCCCUCCCUCCCAUUCUAGAAGCCCUCCCUCCCAUUCUAGAAGCCCUCCCUCCCAUUCUAGAAGCCCUCCCUCCCAUUCUAGAAGCCCUCCCUCCCAUUCUAGAAGCCCUCCCUCCCAUUCUAGAAGCCCUCCCUCCCAUACUAGAAGCCCUCCCUCCCAUUCUAGAAGCCCUCCCUCCCAUUCUAGAAGCCCUCCCUCCCCAUUCUAGAAGCCCUCCCUCCCAUUCUAGAAGCCCUCCCUCCCAUUCUAGAAGCCCUCCCUCCCAUUCUAGAAGCCCUCCCUCCCAUACUAGAAGCCCUCCCUCCCAUACUAGAAGCCCUCCCUCCCAUUCUAGAAGUAGAAGCCCUCCCUCCCAUUCUAGAAGCCCUCCCUCCCAUUCUAGAAGCCCUCCCUCCCAUUCUAGAAGCCCUCCCUCCCAUUCUAGAAGCCCUCCCUCCCAUUCUAGAAGGCCGCCCUCCCAUUCUAGAAGGCCUCCCUCCCAUUCUAGAAGGCCUCCCUCCCAUUCUAGAAGGCCUCCCUCCCAUUCUAGAAGGCCUCCCUCCCAUUCUAGAAGGCCUCCCUCCCAUUCUAGAAGGCCUGCAUCUGUGUUCUAUUUGCACAGUAAUGGCCUUACAGCUGGCCAGGUUUGUCUCUCUCUCUCUCCUUUCAUAUGAGACUGUUUAACUUGGCUUUGAGCAUGAAUGUUAUAAAACUAGUGAGUAGUGUUUCAAUUUAAUAACUGUCCAUUUCAAGUUGAGACAUUGGUUUGAAAAUGGUGUCAGCCUUGCAAGUGUAAUGUAGUGGUUUAAGGUCACAAAUGCUUUUGAAGGACCUUUGUUGACGAAAAACGAACACAUUUUCCCAAAAAGUGUUAUAUGCCAUUACACUACAAAUUAUAUUGUCUUAUAUCACAGUUUAAUAAUAAUUUACAGUGGUUAUAUUCACUUUUAUUCUUGUUCUAGAUCUGGAUUACAGCAGUGAAGCAGGGGGUGAAGGCUGGCACUUUCUUCUGGCCUGUGUAAGUCUCUCUCUCUCGCUCUCUCCCUCAAUUCAAUUCAAUUCAAGGGGCUUUAUUGGCAUGGGAAACAUAUGUUUAUAUUGCCAAAGCAAGUGAAAUGGAUAAAGAAAAGUGAAAUAGACAAUAAAAAUUGAACAGUAAAUAUUACACUCACACAAGUUCCAAAAUAAUAAAUACAUUUAAAAUUUCAUAUUAUGUCUAUAUACAGUGUUGUAACAAUGUGCAAAAGAGUUCAAGUAAAAUAAAUAAACAUAAAUAUGGGUUCUAUUUACAAUGGUGUUUGUUCUUCACUGGUUGCCCUUUUCUUGUGGCAUCAGGUCACAAAUCUUGUUGCUGUGAUUGCACACUGUGGUAUUUCACCCAGUAGAAAUGGGAGUUUAUCAAAAUUGGAUUUGUUUUCAAAUUAUUUGUGGGUCUGUCUAAUCUGAGGGAAAUAUGUGUCUCUUAAUAUGGUCAUACAUUUGGCAGAGGGUUAGGAAGUGCAGCUCAGUUUUCCACCUCAGUUUGUGGGCAGUGUGGCACAUAGCCUGGUCUUCUCUUGAGAGGCCAGGUACUUGCCUACGGCGGCCUUUCUCAAUAAGCAAGGCUAUGCCUCACUGAGUGCCUGUAACAUAGUCAAGCUUUUCCUUAAUUUGGGUCAGUCCACAGUGGUUCAGGUAGUCUGCCACUGUGUGUACUCUCUGUUUAGGGCCUAAUAGCAUUCUAGUUUGCUUAGUGUUGUUUUGUUAAUUAGUUUCCAAUUUCCAAUCUCUCUCUCUCGCUCUCUCCUCCAUCUCAUCAUGCCCUCUCUCCAUCACUCUCCUCCUCUGCUCUCUCUGGUUACUCUCAACCCACCCUCUCUCUCGCUCAUACUCCAUACACACCCCCCCCUCCCUCCAACCCCCCCCUCUCUCUCUCUGUCUACCUCUCUCUCUCUCCCCUUCUCUCUCUCUCUAAACCACAUCUGAAAAAUGUCUGUUCAAGGCCAUUUGUAUCAUAUUCCCCCCUUCUCAAUGCAAAGAUAAUAUGUCCCACGUGCUUUAUCACCUCACAGCUCAUAGCCUGUCAAUAUUCUCCUCAGAACUCUGAAGUAGUGCUGAGUGAUUAACUGACAUUUCGUAAAUUUUUUAGGUUAUUAAACAACUAAUUGAUCAACGUCGGUACAAUUUCUUAUAUUCCAUUUAGUUUAGUUUUUUUUGCGAGCCCAACACACCGUUUCUCUAGAGCUCCAGAGUGGCGCAGCGGUCUAAGGCACUGCAUCUCAGCGGUCUAAGGCACUGCAUCUCAGCGGUCUAAGGCACUGCAUCUCAGUGGUCUAAGGCGCUGCAUCUCAGCGGUCUAAGGCGCUGCAUCUCAGCGGUCUAAGGCGCUGCAUCUCAGCGGUCUAAGGUGCUGCAUCUCAGUGGUCUAAGGCGCUGCAUCUCAGCGGUCUAAGGCGCUGCAUCUCAGCGGUCUAAGGCACUGCAUCUCAGCGGUCUAAGGCACUGCAUCUCAGUGUUCUAAGGCACUGCAUCUCAGUGGUCUAAGGCACUGCAUCUCAGUGGUCUAAGGCACUGCAUCUCAGUGGUCUAAGGCACUGCAUCUCAGCGGUCUAAGGCACUGCAUCUCAGCGGUCUAAGGCGCUGCAUCUCAGUGGUCUAAGGCGCUGCAUCUCAGUGGUCUAAGGCGCUGCAUCUCAGCGGUCUAAGGCACUGCAUCUCAGCGGUCUAAGGCACUGCAUCUCAGCGGUCUAAGGCGCUGCAUCUCAGCGGUCUAAGGCGCUGCAUCUCAGUGGUCUAAGGCGCUGUAUCUCAGUGGUCUAAGGCACUGCAUCUCAGCGGUCUAAGGCACUGCGUCUCAGCGGUCUAAGGCACUGCGUCUCAGCGGUCUAAGGCACUGCAUCUCAGUGGUCUUAAGGCACUGCAUCUCAGCGGUCUAAGGCACUGCAUCUCAGCGGUCUAAGGCACUGCAUCUCAGUACAGACCCGCUGUAUCACAACCGGCCGUGAUUGGGAGUCCCACAGGGCGGCGCACAAUUGGCCAAGCGUCGUCCGGGUUUGGCCGGUGUAGGCCGUCAUUGUAAAUAAGAAUUUGUUCUUAACUGACUUGCCUAGUUAAAUAAAGGUUAAAUCAAAAAUCAAAAAAAUAAAUAAAUCAAAAUCAUUCAUGGGAGAAAUCAAGUCAAGAGCUAUGUGGGACGCUGGGUAGAAGGGAGUUGUAGUUUUCAUUGAGCAAAUAUUCAACCUAGUUCAGCGCAGAAACGUGGUAAUUAACUACAUUGACCAUAAUCCAUUGCGCCUGUUUUUUCCCGGGGUCAGGCAGAGAUGGAUACACUUUUACCCCUGCUACAUUAGGUAAGAUACCCACAGACCGCAUGAGAGAGGAAUGUACACAGCACAAAGAGAACAAGCGGGAUAGAGAUAACAUUAGAUGGUCUGUCUGUUUGGCCGCUACUGCCUGAGCAGAGAUGAGAUGAUGACUUUAAGGAAUGUAAAAUACUAAGUAAUAUACGAAUAUUGUAUUUUUUCAUAGUAAUUUCCUUUUUUUUUUAUUGACGUCUACCCAAUGUGGACCUGACAGAAACAAUUUGAAUAUUUCAAAGUUUUGGCAAUUGAAUGUUUACCAUUUUUGGCUUGGGAAUUUCCAUUAAAAAGCAAAAAAAUAAUUGUAAUGUCAUUAUUUCAUAAUGCAUUUUCUUAUAUAUUUAUUUGUAUCGAAAACGAAAUCGUAGAAUAUAUAUAUUUUUUUUAUCAAACCGGAAUCGACCUAGAAAAGCACUAGUCGCUCAGCACCACUCUCAAGACAAAACAACAACAGAAACUGCUGCUAUUAUAUUGUCAUAACACCGUGGUGGAUUUCAGGUGGCUGGAAACUAUAUGGGCAUGUUCAUGUUUAGUUGUACUCUGGCUAACCCAACGCAUGCAGGCAGCUAAAAAAACAACAAUGCCUCACACAUUCAUAAAGACACAGAGGCCUUUGAGACAGACUUCAGUUCGGAGGCAUAGAGCCCUAACUGUUUUGCUUAGCAAUUUACUCACAUUGGCCUAUUAACAUAAAGUGGGGUGCCUGCCUGUGAACUUGGCCAGCUGGGGGACUCCUUCAAAACAUAGCAGUACCAAAGUGCAUUUCAAGGUGCACUUCCUGUGGUAGGCCCAGGGCACAGAGGAGGAGGAGGAGGAGGAGGAGGAGGAGGAGGAGGAGGAGGAGGGGGGGGGGUUGUUAACUUUACAGUACAGUAUAAGACUGUAUUAUUUAACCAUUGAGGUCUGGAGGAGAGGAGGUGACGGGGAGUUGUGAUUGUAGCUUUGUGGAGGUCUCUGUUAAGACCAACUCCAGGGAGGUCUUAACCAACACCAGAGGGGUCGAGAAGAAGAGAAGUUAGUGGGAUAAGGUCUACCUCCUUCCAUACCCCCAGGCACCCCCCAGCUCCCCCACAAGCCCCAGUUAGAGAGGCAAACCACGGGGUUGAUGGUUGGCAGCUGUGCCUGGUGGGCUGGAGGAUGGAGAUCUGUAGGUGGCCCACCGCUCUACAGGACAAGAACAGGAGGGGAGGCUUUGCGGUUCAAAGGCUUACAGGGGGGAAGGAGAGUGUUGUAUCCUCCCGACUUUAUAGGCCGAUUAUAAUGUAUUUAAUGGUUCUAAUCUGGCAGCUUUCCUGGAUGCAAACAGAGAGGAUCAAAUGAGGUGUUGUAAUACACAGUAAAGCAUUGAUACGCAGCACCCCAGACACAGUAAAUCAUUGAUACGCAGCACCCCAGACACAGUAAAGCAUUGAUACACAGCACCCCAGACACAGUAAAGCAUUGAUACGCAGCACCCCAGACACAGUAAAUCAUUGAUACACAGCACCCCAGACACAGUAAAUCAUUGAUACACAGCACCCCAGACACAGUAAUGCAUUGAUACGCAGCACCCCAGACACAGUAAAGCAUUGAUACGCAGCAUCCCAGACACAGUAAAUCAUUGAUACGCAGCACCCCAGACACAGUAAAUCAUUGAUACACAGCACCCCAGACACAGUAAAUCAUUGAUACACAGCACCCCAGACACAGUAAAUCAUUGAUACACAGCACCCCAGACACAGUAAAUCAUUGAUACGCAGCACCCCAGACACAGUAAAGCAUUGAUACACAGCACCCCAGACACAGUAAAGCAUUGAUACACAGCACCCCAGACACAGUAAAGCAUUGAUACACAGCACCCCAGACACAGUAAAUCAUUGAUACACAGCACCCCAGACACAGUAAAUCAUUGAUACACAGCACCCCAGACACAGUAAAUCAUUGAUACACAGCACCCCAGACACAGUAAAUCAUUGAUACACAGCACCCCAGACACAGUAAAGCAUUGAUACACAGCACCCCAGACACAGUAAAGCAUUGAUACGCAGCACCCCAGACACAGUAAUGCAUUGAUACGCAGCACCCCAGACACAGUAAUGCAUUGAUACGCAGCACCCCAGACACAGUAAUGCAUUGAUACGCAGCACCCCAGACACAGUAAAGCAUUGAUACGCAGCACCCCAGACACAGUAAAGCAUUGAUACACAGCACCCCAGACACAGUAAAUCAUUGAUACGCAGCACCCCAGACACAGUAAUGCAUUGAUACGCAGCACCCCAGACACAGUAAAGCAUUGAUACACAGCACCCCAGACACAGUAAAGCAUUGAUACACAGCACCCCAGACACAGUAAAUCAUUGAUACACAGCACCCCAGACACAGUAAAUCAUUGAUACACAGCACCCCAGACACAGUAAAUCAUUGAUACACAGCACCCCAGACACAGUAAUGCAUUGAUACGCAGCACCCCAUACACAGUAAAGCAUUGAUACACAGCACCCCAGACACAGUAAAGCAUUGAUACACAGCACCCCAGACACAGUAAUGCAUUGAUACGCAGCACCCCAGACACAGUAAUGCAUUGAUACGCAGCACCCCAGACACAGUAAUGCAUUGAUACGCAGCACCCCAGACACAGUAAAGCAUUGAUACACAGCACCCCAGACACAGUAAAUCAUUGAUACACGGCACCCCAGACACAGUAAAGCAUUGAUACACAGCACCCCAGACACAGUAAAGCAUUGAUACACAGCACCCCAGACACAGUAAAUCAUUGAUACACAGCACCCCAGACACAGUAAAUCAUUGAUACACAGCACUCCAGACACAGUAAAUCAUUGAUACACAGCACCCCAGACACAGUAAAUCAUUGAUACACAGCACCCCAGAAAACAGUAAAUCAUUGAUACACAGCAUCCCAGACACAGUAAAUCAUUGAUACACAGCACCCCAGACACAGUAAAUCAUUGAUACACAGCACUCCAGACACAGUAAAUCAUUGAUACACAGCACCCCAGACACAGUAAAUCAUUGAUACACAGCACCCCAGAAAACAGUCAAUCAUUGAUACACAGCAUCCCAGACACAGUAAAUCAUUGAUACACAGCACCCCAGAAAACAGUCAAUCAUUGAUACACAGCACCCCAGACACAGUAAAGCAUUGAUACACAGCACCCCAGAAAACAGUAAAUCAUUGAUACACAGCAUCCCAGACACAGUACAUCAUUGAUACACAGCACCCCAGAAAACAGUAAAUCAUUGAUACACAGCACCCCAGACACAGUAAAUCAUUGAUACGCAGCACCCCAGACACAGUAAAUCAUUGAUACACAGCACCCCAGACACAGUAAAUCAUUGAUACACAGCACCCCAGACACAGUAAAUCAUUGAUACACAGCACCCCAGACACAGUAAAUCAUUGAUACACAGCACCCCAGAAAACAGUAAAUCAUUGAUACACAGCACCCCAGAAAACAGUAAAUCAUUGAUACACAGCACCCCAGACACAGUAAAUCAUUGAUACACAGCACCCCAGACAUUGUUAGUGAAUUACAUUUUGUCCUCCACAUAAUGACCUCAGCUGAUGUGUCUUCCCAGUUCCAUCCAGUUGGAGAGGAGAGUCCUGACCAUGCUGCAAUGGCUUCACCUGCCAGACGGAGAGAGGUAAAUCAGCUUAUUUGAUUCUCUUCUUUAGGCUGUUGCCAUCUGCAGUGAUAUAUCAGCAGUAAAUCCCAUUCUUUACAUGAAUGCAAUAUAUCCGUUCUAUGCUUAGCAAUCUCCAUCUGACUUUGUAAGUAAGUAAGUAAGUUGUGACUUUGCUCCCAUAUCCUAGCCCUGUGUUGAGACCUGGGGGCAGUCUAGUACACAAGGCCAAUCUAAGCUUCCCUUCCACCUGUUUUGUUUCAGGCCAUAUGUGUAUGCCAUGCACUCUGAACAGCCGGAUACGUUUGGCCACAAGCUGGGGCCCAUGAGCACUGAGGUGAGCUGGGGCUGGGUCUGGGUCUGGGUCUGAGGCUGGGGCUGAGGCUGAGACUGGGUCUGGGGGAGAGACGGUUGUGGUUGUGGUCCAGACUACCGGGACCUGAGCAUGUGUUAAGCAGCGCUCACUACAGCAGGACUCACUACAGCAGCGCUCACUACAGCAGCGCUCACUACAGCAGCGCUCACUACAGCAGCGCUCACUACAGCAGCGCUCACUACAGCAGCGCUCACUACAGCAGGACUCACUACAGCAGGACUCACUACAGCAGGGCUCACUACAGCAGCACUCACUACAGCAGCGCUCACUACAGCGGCGCUCACUACAGCAGCACUCACUACAGCAGGACUCACUACAGCAGCGCUCACUACAGCAGCGCUCACUACAGCAGGACUCACUACAUCAGCGCUCACUACAUCAGCGCUCACUACAUCAGCGCUCACUACAUCAGCGCUCACUACAUCAGCGCUCACUACAGCAGCGCUCACUACAGAUGUAGGUAGUUACAUACAGAACACUGUAGCACAAACACUGUCAUUCUGUUUCACCUGUCCAGCCCUAGGACAGCCCCAAACUAACCCAGGCAUGUACAUGCAUGACCAGUACAGGGUGGAAUUGAUGAACCAUUUUCUAGAGAUUGUGAUUGUGUUCUGUUAUUUUGAUGAUCCGUACAGGGAUCAAUACUCUUACGAUAUUCCCUGAUCAUUGUGAUUGCUAUGUGAAUAUUGAUCAGUGUAUAUUCUGUGCUGCAGCUGAACAACCCUCUGAAGGAGAUUGAUAAGAUCAUUGGUCAGCUGAUGGACGGCCUGAAACAGAUGAAACUCCACCGAUGUGUCAACAUCAUCAUGGUGGGAGAUCAC